UACACGAAGAAGACCUAUCUCAGCCUAGUCUAUCAGCUCCCCGCUCUUUAAUGUUAGUUAACCAGCUAGCCUAACAUACAGUUGUUGUGGCUAACUAAGCUAAUAAAAAUUGCUAGCGUGUACUGUAGAUAGUUAGCUAUCUCAGGGCUUGGCUUUAAUACCGGCGAAGGCAUAAUAAGAUAAUUAUUGUUGUUUAUUCCUGUUACGAUAAAAUGGCGGAAAAGCCAGAGGCUGGAGACAGCGAAGACGAGGUUGAAGAUGUUUACGAAGUGGAGAGGAUUAUUGACAUGCGAACGGAGGAGGGGGAGGUCCUGUACCGCGUUCGCUGGAAGAACUACUCAUCUGACGAUGACACCUGGGAGCCUGAGGCCCACCUGGAGGAUUGCAGGGAGGUGCUGCUGUUCUACAAGAGGGCUCUGGCAGAGGCUAAGGUCAAGAAAGACCAAGAUGCUAAGAAGGGCAUGAAGCUGCCCAUGAAGAGUGACGUGUUCGAUGCCGACUCUGACAGCGACAGUGAUAAAGACAAGCCCACAGACCUGCCUGUCAAGAAAAAGAAAAAGAAGAAGCCCCAGGAAGAAGAGGCACUUCCCCCGAAGGAGAAGAGGAAAAAGAAGAAAGACAAGCGCAAUGAGGACUUCAGGCCUCGUCCGGCACCAGAAUCUGAUGAAGAGGAGCUUUCCCCCCCCCCGACCCCGGGCCGCAAUACCAAGAUGUCCGACUCCAAGAAGAGAUUUGUUGAAUCUGAUGAUGAGGAAGAAGCCCCCGUGCCCUCCAAGAAGCACAGGAAGGACAAGGCCAAGGAGGGAGGGAAGCAUAGGAAAAAAGAUAACAUGGAGGAAGGGAAGAAGAAAAAGACAAAGAAGGAUCAAAGGGGUGAUCUGGAGUCCACUGAAGAUGAGGCCACCGCCCCCCUGGAAGAGGAGCUUAGCGAGGGGCCAUCUGAGUCCCAGACGGAUGAUACCACACCAACUGAAAAGUCUCGCACUGAUGACAAGCCCAAGAAUAAGAAGGGUAAGUCAGAACUGAAGCUGCAGGGCAUCAAGGACUUCCUUCAGGACAGGAAAGGCAAGAAGCCGGAAACUACUUCGCCCACGCUCUCCACAAGCGGCCUUGCAAAACUCAAGAGCCUCGCCUCCUUCAAGAGCCAGAGCCGGGAUGAGCCCACACCAACCUCUGACUCCAGCGACACCCCAGCCCACGUCCACAAGAAGGCCAAGGGCAAGAGCCAGGAGGCCACCUCUGCACCACUGAAAAUCCCCUCAUCCUCCUCUGGUGCAGGGGCCAGCACCAGCAAGGCCCGAGAGGAGGAGUCUAAAGAGGAAGUGGGCGGGGAUAAGGAAACAGCCACCUCCACUAACCUGUUUGAGAAGUUCCUGCUGAACUGUGAGGCCAAGGACCGCGUUCCCCGCAAACAGAUGGUCCACCAGCCCACCCCUGCAGAGAACACUAAACCACCGAAGCUCAUAGGGAAAGUUGAGAAAAGGACCAAGCCGACAAAGGAGUCACCUGCUCGGAAGCCAGAGCCAGACAAGACCAAACAUAAAGACGCAUUUCGGCCCAGUCAGAGCCCCGCUGCUGUGGAGACUAGUGACAAGGCAGAGGCAGAGGAGGAACCCGCCCAGAAGUCAAAGUUUGGCGGAGAGGAACGGAGGGAGGAGGCUCAACGAUUGGAGAGGAGGACCCAAGAUAAUGACAGAAGGAGGAGGAGGAGGGAAGACAGCGAGCCACGCCUCUUCAUAGCCUGCGACGACAAUCAAGACGCCUUGGAGAGCGCUGACAAGUCUGACAAAGGACAAGCCUCUCUUAACCUUGGAAUGGACCUCAACUUGGACUGGAUGACACUGGAGGAUUUUCAGAAACAUUUGAACGGAGAGGAUGAGAUUCUCUCUGCUCCACCGCUAUCUCCCAGUGAGCUGCGGGAUGCAGUGAAAAGCGGGGAUUACAUGUCUGUGAAACUUGCACUCAAUUCCAAAGAGGAUUACAAUCUAGACCAGGAGGCAUGCACUGUUGAACAGAAGAGUUUAAGUGGCAAAGAGAAGCAUUUAAAUGAGGAAAAGAAGAGUUUAAGUGAUAAUGAAGAGAUGCCUUUAUGUGCAGCAGAUAAUCCUCACCGCAGAGGAAAUCCUCACCGUGAGAGUACUCUAUACAAAGGGAAUCAUUUACACAAGCAAGAGAAUCCUUCACAAAAUGAAGAGAAUCCUUCAGAAAAUGAAGAGAAUCCUUCAUGUGAUGUGGUGAAGACUUUAUGUGACAUGGAGAGAGCUUUAUGUGACAUAAAGAAUUGUGCUGAAGAGAGCAGUUCAAGUGACAACGAGAACAGUUCAGGUGAUGAGGUAGAAGGACAAAGACUGGAUUCAAACGUCCAAAGUGGGUCAGAUCCUCUUCCAUCUAAAGCAGAAAGCUCCUGCGAUAAUAAUGUAUCUGAGCAGUCCCUUCAAAAAACCUCACAAGCUAAAAAACCUUGCCGCAAAAAAUGUGUGCCACGGAAAGGUACACGGUCAAACUUACGUUCUAGCACAAAAAUGACAGUCAGCACAUGUAGUACAACAAAUGAUGGUAAAAGAAAAUGGGACAAAAAGUACUUCUGCCUGUAUUGCAAUGAACCACACCACAAAAUUGCAAGACAUUUAGAAAGGAUGCACGCAGAAGAAGCAGCUGUUGCUCAUGCUAUCAGCUUCCCCAAACUCUCCAAAAUCAGGUCUCUCUUGCUUGACCAACUCCGUAACAAAGGCAACUAUCUACACAACUUGGAAGUUCUUCAAAGUGGAGAUGGAGAAAUUGUCACAAAGAAAAGACCCUCUUACAAUGGUGUUUCUGUGCGUGACUACCUGCCCUGCCAACACUGCUUAGCUUUUUUCAACAAAAUAGAUUUAUGGAAGCAUGAGGGCUCAUGUAAAGCCAGAAAAGGACAAGAUGAAAAGAGGGGAGGAAAAAGAGUGCGGGUCCAGGCUGCGUCCUCUCGACUUCUUCCAUUGCCUGUCUAUUCUACUGGAGGAUGUGAAGAAAUAAUACACAAUAUGAAUCAAGAUGACAUUCAAUGCCACAUCAAAAAUGAUCCCCUGAUAUGUAAAUAUGGCAAUGCACUAUCUGCAAAGCAUGGCCAUGCCAAGUCACAGUUUACAUACAUUAGUUCAAAAAUGAGGGAAUUGGCUAGAUUUGUACUUACUGUAAAUGAGAUGGACUGUGGUGUCCAAUAUCUGCAUGAAGUAUGUGUACCAUCCAAAUUCAAAUUGGCCGUUCAUGCUGCCAGGAAAAUGAGUGGUCAUGACCCUACCUCUGACAGGUACAAGACCCCAUCUCUUGCUUUAAAGAUUGGCUAUUCCUUGAAAAGAGCUACUGAAAUAGCUUUUGGGGAGAGUCGUAUGACAGAGGACCGUGAGGCAGAGGAACAAGCCAAAAGGUUCAUUGAGCUGCUUGAAAACAAUUGGAAUAACUGUUUUUCCGGUCUGUCCCUGAGUGAUGUCCCUCAGUGUGAUGAAGUUGAUGUGACUUCACUAACUGAGGAUUUGAUUAAACUUCAGAAGUUUCUCAAGGUUGCAGAGGACACAGCAAAGAGAGAAUUGCUCGAGAGCCCCACCAACGCUGUCUGGAAAAAGCUCAAUGAAACUCUUCUUGCCGAAAUAGCUCUCUUCAACAGAAAAAGGACAGGAGAGGUUGCGAAAAUGCUGUUGGAAACAUACACAAACAGAAAGAAAUCUCCAGCUAGUGCAGACAUUUUCAAUAGCCUCUCGAGGCUGGAGCAGGAGCUUGGUGACGACAAACUAACCAGGGUGGAAAUUGAAGGCAAAAAUGGUAGAACAAUGCCGGUCCUACUAACGGCGAGGAUGAUCUCAUCUCUUGAGAUCCUAAUUGCAAACAGAGACAAAGUUGGUGUGUCAAAGGACAACCCAUAUGUCUUCGCACGGAGCCCAGAUGCAGCAAGCUACGUCAGAGGGUCUGACUGUCUGAGGAAAUUUGCACGUGCGUGUAAUGCAAAGAAUCCUGAAAGUCUGAUCCAUGCGACAGUGAGGAAAGAGGUUGCUAUCCAUUGCCAAAUACUAAACUUGAAUGAAAGUGAAUUGGAUCAGGUGGCAAAGUUAUUGGGACAUGACACCCAGGUCCACAAAGAGUACUACAGGCUCUCUGAAAACGCAGGACAUCUAGCAGAAAUCAGCAAAUUGCUGCUUGCAAUGGAUCAGGUUCCAGUGGUAAUUCCAGGGCCAUCUGAGGAAAGGAUUGUUUCACCUACAUAUGGGACAUAUCCAACAGGGACAGAUUCUGCAAGGAUAUAUCCUUCUGGCACAUAUCCCACUGGGUCAUCAUAUCCUACAGGGACAUAUUCAGCGAAGUCAUAUACUGUAGGGUCACAGCCUUCAAGGUCAUAUCAUGCUGGGACAUAUCCUUCAAAGUCUUAUCCUUCAGGAUCACAUUCUCCGAGGUCAUAUUCUGCGGGGACAGAUUCUGCGAGGGCAUAUCCUGCCGGGAUAAAUCCCGCUAGUUCAUAUCCUACUGUGACACAUCCUGCAGAGACCUAUCGAGUAGGUUCAUAUGCUUCAGGGACAUACCUAGCAGAGACGCAUGAUGCAAGGUCAUGUACUGAAAAAACACAACUUGCAAAUGCAUGUCCUGCAAGUCCUUAUGACCUCUCAUCUCCUGCUAGAUCAUUUUCUUCAGGGAUGAAUCCUGUGAGGACAUAUCCUGCGGUGACACAACUUUCGACGUCAUAUCCUGCUGCAACAUAUGCUGCGCAGACACUUCCAGCUCAAACAUUUCCAGCACGUACAGUUAUUACACCAACACUUCAUGUGCAGACACUUCCUGCCCAGACUCUUCCAACACAGACACUUCCUGCCCAGACUCUUCCAACACAGACACUUCCUGUCGGGGCAGUGCCUGCGGGUGCAGUUCUUUUGGGGACAGGUUCUGUGGGGACGGGUAAGUUGGGCACAGUGUGGAAACAGAGGCCGUGGAGUGGUGCGGCUAAGGUUGCGGUGAACCGUCAGAUGGGACACUUUAUCUCAAUGAUGGAGGUUCCAGGUAAACGGGACUGUGAAGUUUGCCUGCACAAUGAACCAGCUCUAAGAGACAGGACAUGGAGGGACAUCAAAAACUAUGUGCACAACACAGUAAAAUCUAUAAAACGGAAGAAUGGCCUUACAAGAUUGGACCCUACAAAACAGACAAAGAGAGGAUUGGCAAAGAAAGAAAAAGAAACAAUAGAGGCUAUGAGUGCUAAGGACUGGGUUGGUGGAACAAUGACAGUACCUGAACACUGUCAAGAGGAGGGUCUAGAGGCAGGUCCUGUGGCAACACCAAGGAAACCAAAGAUAUGGAGUAAUGAGGCUCAGGCUGCGGUCAGGCGGCAGCUAGGAGACUUCACUAAACUGAUGAAGAUUCCAGGUAAAAAGGAAUGUGAUGCAUGUAUUGCAGCUGAACCAGCUCUACAAGGCAGGACAUGGAAAGAUGUAAAAAACUAUGUGCAUAACACAUUAAAGACUAUGUGCAGGAGGCAUAGUUCAGGCAAACAAAACAUGGACCAUGAAAAACCAAGUCCAUAUACUCAGAAUCCAGGGGUGCAUCAGAAAUCAGGGGUGUCGUUGGGACUUCCAGAAGAGCCUCCUGUUUAUCUGUCCUUGUGAUUACCUUGAACUAGAACCUCCCCAGGGUUCAAGGUAAGCAAGAAUGGAGAAAGGAGAAAAGGAUUGCUUUUGAUUUAAUCUGACCAUCCUGGCUCACUCUGAUCUCACUUUAUGACAUAAAGCAAGAAUUAAGUAUAAUUUUAACCAUACCACUACCUACUUUAUUCAUUGAAGUAUCUGUAGCAACUACAUAGUAACAUUAUGCAUGAAAACUUGUUUAGUCGAUAAGGGAAUUUUCAGAACUUCUUUUGAAUUGUAAAAUAUCCUUGGCACAGUGUUUUAUGUGGCGCCAAAACUCAAAGUCCUUUGGUAAAGGUCACACAUUUUCAACCAUGGCGAGAGGAGGCAAGUAAAGAUGGACUCAUACCUUUUUAGUUUAUUUAACAAUUCCAAUGGUCCUUUAUAUAAAGCCUGUCAAACUGAAUCUUCUGGGUCAGCAAAAGCAACAAGGCUCAUGGACGCACAUUUGGAAUCGAAACACACCCCAUGUUUCCGUAAGACCCAUGUUGCAUAGAAAUACCCAAGAUAACUGACUGAAAUAUAUGCUCCACAUGCAUAGAUAACAUGUACCAAGUACAGUGAAUGUUUUGUUUUCUUCAUAGAGGGAAAAAGUAUUGCAAACCUAGACAGUUAAACUGAUGACCAUACUUUUUUGAUCACAUUACUGUUAUCCAUUACUUUCACCAAAUGGAUCUGGAUCCAGAUGUAUAAAAUAUUGUGUAUUCUUGCCUGUACCGUUGUCUGUGUAGCUAAUGUAUAUGUGUAGGUUAGGUUUUGAGUUAAAGCAACUGACCAGCAUACCUGUGAACUUAGCAGGUUAUUUUUAGUAGAUGUGCGGUAUGAAUAGGUUUCAUGGCUCCAGACUGACCAUUUAGUGGCAUUUUGCAACCAUUUGACAUGGCUGUGCAAGAAAAAAAAACAAUCGCAUCGGUGCGAGCUGCACAUUCUACAUUGUCACCUCACUCAAACCUUCCUAUUUUUUGGGGGCAGCUAAAACCAUGAUUUGGUCAAACCGUAAAGAGCAAUAUCCUCAUGAUUCCUGUAACGUAAACGUCUGUCCCUCUGCAUAUUUCGCUGGGGACUGCUGAUGUGAUGAGCAAACGGCUCUCCUCUGGGAGAAAAAGAUUGUUUCUCAUUUUAUAACAUUUCAAAAUGCAAUUGCGAUUAAAAACACAGCAUUGGAAGCAACUACCGUAGUCCCUGUCUGUAGGUAUCAUUUUUAUUUCUCAGUAUUGAGCUCUGGAAGAACUAUUUUACAAACAAGCGAUUUGAUAUGGCUUUGCGAUACAGAGCGGUGCACAAACUGAACAUCGGUUAUUGCGCUUUUCUAUUUUAUUUAACUUUUAUUUAACUAGGCAAAAGUCAGUUAAGAACAAAUUCUUAUUUACAAUGACGGCCUACGCUCUCGCACACGAAGCCAUACGCGUGGUUUGCGGUUGUGAGGCCGGUUUGAUGUACUGUCAAAUUCUCUAAAAUGACAAUGGAUUUGGCCUACGGUAGAGAAAUCUUUUUUUUAUCUGUCAACAGCUCUGGUGGACAUUCCUGCAGUCAACAUACCAAUUGCACGCUCCCUCAACUUAAUCUGUCACAUUGUGUUGUGAAACAAAACUCUACAUUUUAGUGGCCUUUUAUUGUCCCCAGCACAAGGUGCACCUGUGUAAUGAUCAUGCUAUUUAAUCAGAUUCUUGAUGUGCCAUACCUGUCAGCUGCAUGGAUUAUCUUGGCAAAGGAGAAAUGCUCACUAACAGGGAUUUAAACACAUUUCUGCACAAUAUUGGAGAGAAAUAAGCUUUUUGUGCGUAUUGAAAAUUUCACGGUUCUUUUAUUUAAACUCAUGAAACAUGGGACCAACAAAUUCAUGUUUAUGUUUUUGUUCAGUAUAUAUUUUUUCCAACAAUUUGAGUUUUAUCAGUAAUUACAAUCUACCUUGUUUUUGUGUAUAUUUGCAUCUAGAUGUCAUUUAUUUUCUUUACUAAGCCAGAUUCUCCCAGUUGCAUGACCCAGUGAGCCAUCUCAGUCCUGGCAAGUUGCUUUGGUCAAAGGGCACUGUUGAUGAGGCUUGCCAGGUGGUCAGAGUUUGCGCUUGAGGACCAUUUGAAAGGGAAAGAUCUGUGCACCAGGCAAGGUCAGUGACAGAUCCUAACAAAGGGCCCAGUUAUGACUGCAUUCAGAUUGUCCACCCUUCUCCCAAAGUGACUGGAAGUGUGCAAAUAAAGUCUUUUAAAAAAGUGUGGAGAAUCCGGAUGCAGCGUGAGUGAUGGCUAAUUGGUUUGGCAAGGACGGGUAGACUUUUCAAUGGCCAUCCCUUUAUGUGUGGAGACUCUAACAUGGUUCCUAAACCGAAGCCUUGUUUACAGUCACUAGUAACUUUACUGUAAUGUUCACUAAAGUUAGUUGACUUUUCAUCCAAUUUGAGGCAGUUUUCGGUUCUCCAAUCCACUCAGUUACAAUUGAUAGGUAACUGAAAUGUACUUUGUGGAUUGGAAACGGUUAAUUCGUUCUGCAUGUGGAAUUGGUUUCAGAGAAUCACACACCCUAUUCCUCUUGUACUAAAUUUGAUGUGGUUUAUUAGGCUUUAGCUGUCCAUCUACUUGUUUUAUUACUUCUUGUAAAACGAUAAACCUUUCAACGUUUUAUAUUAAUGUUGCUAUUACUCACUACUGUCUUAACCAUAUUGAUUUCACAGCAGUUUUAAGUUCCUCAACGCUAAUUUAAACAGACUUAGUUGUAUAGGGUUUGAUAGCUGUUGCUUCUCUUAUUUAAUCAACUUGACUACUAAUAUUAUUAUAUUUCAUUACUAUUGAAAGUACUUCUAAUUGGACCAAGGUUCAUGGAAGAAUCAUGUAAAUAAAUUGCUUAGUUUAGUUAUCAGUUCAUGUUAUAACUGUAACAGCUCUGUUAGGUGUUAACUGAGAAAAAUUAGCAGGUGUUUCAACCACACCCCACUAUUUACUGUUUAAAUUGGUUUUUUUCAGCAACAUGUAUUUGUUAUCAAGCUGCUUUUCGUUACCCCCUGGUGCUCAUUGUGUGUACUCUAAGAUACUAUAUUUGCUUGGUUAAUAAAUUGUUACUUGACGUAAACUUA